AUGGUGGAUAAAUUUCUGGUUUACGAUCGUCCUAGACGCAACAACAGAAAUACUCCGAUCCAUCUGCCCUUCCUACCGACACAGACAUUCACAACAGGCUCGGAGGCAAGGCGCUUAAAGGCUUUCGGGCCCAACGGACAAGAGGAAGAAGCCAUCGGCUCGAUUUCACGACUGGCUCAACUAGGGCUUAACAGACAGAAACUUUCAGACCUCGAGAAAAGUACAAGCCGGUUGCUGAGCUGUCUUGGGGAAGAUAAGACGGACUCCAAGCAGAGAACUAAAAGCAAGGCCUUUGCUGCCCAUCUGGAACGUAUCCUACUGGGCUCCGGACUGCCUACAUGUCUGGCAGAAUGCAUAGCGCAUAGGCAACUCGACAAAACCAAGGAAGAGAAUCGGCAACAGCAGAGCUCGCCUCAUGCCGGUCAGGAUGUGAAAAGCGGUGAAAUGAAAAAGAUGGGUAGUUUAAAGCCUCCGAAUGAAGCCGACUCCACAAGAGCCAUUUCAACGGAUCCUAAUCUGGCCUUGAUGAUCUGUAAAAAGAAGAAGCAAAAAUGCUCUGAGCUUAAUGAGAUGCGCUCCAUUCGACUGCCAAGUCUGCUGCCCAAGUCUCAUCUGGCUGCAUUGAGUUUAGUGCACAUCGAACAAGCUCAGCGGGACCUUCAAGAGAUCCUACAGGCCGAACGGUCUGCAAAAGCCAUGACUCGAGAGCGUCAUCGUUCUCUUCGAGCAAAAAGGAGUAAACGGUCCACAAAAGGUGACUCGGCAGCAAAGUCGCAAAUUUUGCCAUCCCGUCUGAACGAGGGCGUCCAGGCCGUGUUUAAGGGAGUGCGAGGGCCUCCGGUGAUUCCAAAGACCCUUCAGCGUGUCUUGCAGGCCGGACGAGAAGAAGAGACCUUUGGACAGCCUGACGGGUCGGACCAGGACGACCCUGGCGUGGAGGAGCGAGCAUGUGGAGACGGGAAAGUGGAAGAGGACAAUGUAUCCAUGUUGUCCAGCGUUAACAGAACCGGCUUUUUUAUUCGCGCAGCGCUACAGGCCUCAGCUCCCGGCCUCCUUGGUUGGUUGCCCAAUUCGGCCAUUGUCGGCCACCUCUUUCGUUCGAUGGAACAGGCCUGGCGAAAACAUCCGAAGGCCGCUCGAGAAGCCGACCCUCCGGAGGCAGUGUAUCCAUGGGGCAGUGACAGCCUGACAACCGGCCAGUUGGUGGGAACAACAGAGUUGAGCAACGUGAAGCAGAGUGAAAAAGAAGACGAGCAAAACGAGGAGGAGUUCAGCGAUAUCUGCACAUUUUGGGGUCAUAUCACUUCGUGGGCGGAUGACGAGAAUGACGUGGAGGAGGGCGAAAAGGAGGCUGCGGAUGAGGCUGGGGAUGAGGCAGGGGAGGAGAAGAGGAAGCAAGUCAAGAAGAUGGCAGGAGGACAUCAUUUAUCGGUUAAAUUUGUCGAGGCUUCAACUCCAUUUCGGGUUGAGUAUCAGCAGGCCAGGCAAGUGGAUACGGUCGCCUCGCAUGGACGCGAUGCUGAGGUCGCAAAAGGCCGUCGGUCUCCGCGUCCGCAGAAGAAGCAGCGGCUGAAGCUGUUCCAUCGAAUGGUCCAGCAGCCCAGCCUGCUGGAGGUGGGGGAGAAAACUAGUGCAAGCGCAAACACAGCCAAAUCCGAGGUCAAUGAGGUCGGCGUCGAAGGGUCGCCAUCGCCCAUGGUGACAGCAGCUUCGACGCCAAGCGUUGAACCGGUUUCCGGGCUGUUGAAUGACGGAGGGCCGUCGAUUCCGUCCUUCUGCAGGCUUCAACGAGAGGGCACUGUUUUUGUCACCGAAUUGCUCGGCCAAGAGGCUGAGCGACAGAUUGAAUUGGACCUGCUCGUUCGGGGGCCAUCGGCCGAUCUUCAAGUGCCCUCCUUUCUACUGGCCUACCGCGAGAGAAGUUGGCUCCGGGAGCUGAUGCGCUUUGUUGGCCGGACUGAUUGGAAGGUUAUUUGCUGA